CCCGAGUACGAUUCCGGUGCCCAAGAUCUCUCAGAUGACCCUCAAGAUCUGCAUACCCUUCUACAAAACAAAUAUCCCGACCUGUAUUCUAGUAUUUUCCCGGUAUCUUUAUCCGGUGAUACAAUCGCUCGAAAUUCAGAUAACAGUUUAACAUCAUCAGUUUCCCAACCCAACCACCAACUGGACCGCUCUUCAGAUUCCCUGCCACCUCCGAAACUAUCGAAUGUGGAACCAGAACAGAACCAAUGCGGCUCACACUGCUCAACUGUGUCAGUUUCGGUCGAACUGGCACAACGGUUAUUCGAGUGUGUGAAUGUACUGUACUCUCAUCAGACGGCCAGACUCCGUUCUGAAGUACGUGAGCUCUCACAUCGGAUUCGAGGAUUACAGACAAAUCAUGAAUCCGCCUGUCGCGACUGGCAACGUGUGGAACGAGAACGAGAUCAGUUGCGUCGUGAAUUGUCCAGUCAAAUUGCCCGAUAUGAAGAUCGUCUGACGGAGCUACACAGUGUGAUUGCAGAACUACGCCGACGCUUGGAACAAGCUGGAACCAAUGCGAUCCCUGAGGCCGACGAAUUCGAGGAACAGGAUGAGCUGAUCGAUGAUGAGGACGCGAACGCAAGCUUGCCCGACCCGCAUCGCAUCCGACACAAACUUGAUUCGAACACCGAUCAACUGGUUUCUCGUUCACGAGAUCACGAGUCCAUAUCGCAGGUGGAUGAUGUGCAUUCUGAUCGAUCCAGUGAAGGUGGCACUUCGGUGGGAGCAAUCAACGGCGAUCUGUUGGACACAUGCACAUUUCACACGCGACCGGACCGAUUUGGAAACCAGUUGGAUCUGUCCUCAUCCGCGGGUGAUUUGACUCACUUAUCAGAUGUGCUGUGCACCUGUCACGAGACUGGCCCUGGGAAAAACAUCUUCCGAUACGGAUCUACGUCUGCCGCAAUCCGUGGUUGGGUCAACGACAACCGCCACCCCCGACGCAGCAGCAGAGACGGAGGGGAUGAAAACAGUAACACCGAAGCCGCUGCCGACUAUGCGGAUAUCAACAAAUAG